CUCCACUCAGUUUGCUUCCACUUUAAGCUCCCACUUGUGGCUCAGCAACAACGUAAGCUCGACAUGAACGGCACAUCCUGAUUCGUCUAAGUCCUCCCCACAUAUCUUCACGGCCUUCUCAACAACUUCAUCAUGCCCCUUGGACAAAAGUCCAAUCCUCAACCCCCCAAAAUCCAAAUAGCAUGUGUCAGCUGUAAAUCCCGCAAGAGAAGAUGCGAUGGUGGAACUCCACAAUGUAGAAACUGCAUUGCGCGCGGCGAGGAAUGUGUUUACGCUACUGCGAGAAAGAAAAGAGGGCCAGGAAAGAAGAAAUUUCAAAUCGAAAGUCCUGGAGAUCCAGUGCAAUUGCCAACAAACGAGCUAUUGAACACCUCUUCGAACCCAAACGACCAUCCACAAAUAGACCCUCACCUAGAAACACAAACACUCCUCCCCAGACCAGAAAUCUUCCCAACCUUCCUCUUACCAGAAACAUUCACUGCCAAUCUCCGCACCUUUAGAUCCAACCACACUCAAAAUCAGACUUACACGCCCCUCAAUCUCAUCCCACUCCCUCUAUGGCUCCGCAUGACAACACACGUCCUCUCGACUGUUCCCUCCCUCAGCCGACUCCAACUCACAGCCUCAACCUUCCAAUCACACCCCCUAUCCCAAUACUCAACCUCUCCUUCAUCCCCUGGUUCCGACCCUGCUCGCUGGGCACUAGUAAACACUGUGCUAGCACUCUGCAUCAAGUGCAAGAUUGCUAGAGAGGCUGAGGGGGCGUUAGGAUGUGUGCAUGAAGCGCUGUGGAAAAAUGCUGUGGGUGUUUUGCCAGAUUUGAUCUUAGGAGAAAGGAGUGCAGAAGUGGUAUUGGCUUUGAGGGUUAUGGGGAUUUAUGCAAAGGAGACUGAGGAUAAGGGGUUGGUGGGUUUCUUUGGGGGUGUUGUUGGAGGUGGGUAAAUUGUAGAGGGACUAGGUUAGGAGUAUAGGCAUAAAGGGUGAAUGAAUGGAGGAUGAACGGCAG